AUGCAAAAUAGAGAUAUAGGACAAAAAACUCACCAAUCUUCCAAACUCUCCAAACGAAGCGGACACCUCCUGAUCUUGGCUCAUGUCUCAUCGAAACUAAAUCACCAAAUCAUUUCUGGAGCGCGUAUCGAAAGGGUUCGCCUGAAACCGGUGAUAACAGGAAAUAUGAUGUGCCAGAAGAUCCAAGAACUCGAAGCACCUGCUGAAAACAGAAAUUACGCGAUGGUGGGAGUGGUGAAGACACGCCUCUGGGGGUGCUGAACCGCCCCUAUGUGUGUGGAAUCUUAGUCUAUUCCAUGCAUAUUACUCGAAACAAUCCUGACUUUUAUUUAUUUAGGUCAUGAGUUUUGUUUGGUAAAUAUUUACUGGAUUACUGGAUACUCCAAGCUUCACUUCUAUAUUGCAUUUUUGAUAUUUGCAUACAUAUACAUAGGACCAGCUAAAAUUUAAUUAACUCUAUACAUCUAUAAGUAUUGUUUCAUAUUGUUAACUAAUUGUUAUUUUUCUUUACUUACAUUUGUAGGUAGUAGGUUGAUUCAAAAAUAAAUUAAAGAGGUUUUAAAAACUAUUCCAUAUCCCUUAUGAUAGGUAGGUAGGUACUAGUAGAAACAAUGUAUAGAAAACAAAUUAAGAAAGGAUUAUUUAUUUAUUAUGUUGAAUUUUAAUGAAAAUUGGACAAAAUUGGUGGAAAUAAUUGUAUACAGAAGAUUAACUUCACCGUUUGUCUAUGGUAUCUUCUUUUCUCUCGAUAAUUUAGGUGAAUUAAAAGACUUACUCAAACAUUCUAUAAUGCUUUCUUUUGAAGACAUAUUAUUUUUUUCUUCAUUUUACAAGUACUUCCUGAGGUCUUUUAAAAUAUCCUUGAUUGAUUGAUGUCCUUGAUGUGGAGGGGUCCUUGCCUAUCCAGUGCCAUUCCAGGUAAGAAAGUCAGCUUACUUGUUUUCUAAUUUUACUCGAAUGGCACUCAAAUCAGGAUUUUAACUUGCACAUGACACCAUUAUAAUAUCAUUCUUAAUGUUUAUCCAUUUAUUAAUGCAAUAGAUCUUAUUAUCUUCAAUGCUCUUACAUUUCUUUAACCCCUAUAUAUCAACAGCCAGUUUUCGUUUUAUUUUAUUAUUGUUAAUCGAAUAAUCCCUUUAGAAAUAUCGUGAAAAUUUCCAAAUCCUUCUGUAAACAAUGUUAAUGAUUCCUUAUUGAACAAGGUUUAUAGUUUUCCUUUCGCACGAAUCGCGCUGUUAUAGAUGAACCUCGACUUGUAAGUCAUCGCACAUAUCAAUAAGCGGGAAUUCGGCGGAGAAUUAAAUCCUUU